AUCUAGUCUCUCCAAAUGGAUAAGAAGCUGGAUAUCUUCAGGAGGGAGUUAGUUGAUGUUCAAGGUGUUCCUCUCUUCUGGAGCAUUGCUGAGCAGUGGUCCCAAGUGGAGUCCUUUGAGGCCCGACCUGAUGAUCUUUUGAUCUCCACCUAUCCCAAAUCUGGGACAACCUGGAUCAGCGAAAUACUGGAUUUGAUCUAUAACAACGGGGAUGCAGAUAAGUGUAAACGGGAUGCAAUCUAUAAACGAGUGCCUUUCAUGGAGCUUAUAAUUCCUGGAUUGUCAAAUGGUAUUGAACUGUUGGAAGGCAUGCCGUCUCCUCGGCUGGUGAAAACUCAUCUACCUGUUCAACUUCUUCCUUCCUCAUUUUGGAAAAAUGACUGCAAGAUGGUCUAUGUGGCACGGAAUGCCAAAGAUGUGGCUGUUUCUUACUAUUAUUUCUACCAAAUGGCAAAAAUGCACCCAGAGCCUGGCACCUGGGAGGAGUUCCUUGAUAAAUUCAUGGCUGGGGAAGUGGGUUUUGGUUCCUGGUAUGAUCAUGUGAAGGGCUGGUGGGAGAAAAGAAAAGAUUACCGUAUCCUUUAUCUGUUUUAUGAAGAUAUGAAAGAAGAUCCAAUGUGUGAGAUUAAAAAAUUAUUAAAGUUUCUAGAGAAAGACCUACCAGAAGAAAUUGUAAAUAAAAUCCUCUAUCAUAGCUCUUUCGAUGUAAUGAAGGAGAAUCCUAGUGCAAAUUACAGCACUAUGAAGAAAGAAGAGAUGGACCAUUCUGUGUCUCCAUUCAUGAGAAAAGGCAUUUCAGGUGACUGGAAGAAUCAGUUCACUGUAGCCCAGUAUGAGAAAUUUGAAGAAGAUUAUGUCAAGAAAAUGGCAGAGUCAACACUCAAGUUUAGGUCAGAGAUCUAGGGAGUAUUUGCUUCUUAAUCU